AUGGAAACAUAUCCCCUGUCGGUGCGCACGCGCACGCCGUCGCCUGUGCGUACGCCGACACUCCUUCCGCCAAAGCCCGGUCCGGACUUCCUCACCCCUGACCUCAAAACGGCCCUUCCAAAGAAACUCACCCGAUCAACCUCCGUGUACAACGGAAAAACCGGCUUAAACUUGUUUGGGCGCACGCGCACCACCUCUAGUGCAUCGUCAACGUCCGCCACAAGCACACCCGGUCAUUCGCGGCACCUGUCGUACUCCCCACUCGCACCCAAACACCGGGCCCAGCAGCCGGGCUCGAACCUUGACGCCAUCACUUGCACACCGGUGGCUUCUCCCACCAAGGCCAAUGAGCAGCCCCCGGACGACUUGCUCUCGCUCCCUAUCAACCCAGCGACGAUUGAAGGUCUCGACAUGAACGAUCAGUUGCGGCUCCUCGCGAUGAAGGAGAUGUCGAUUGUGGAGAUGCGCGACAACAUUAAAGCGUUGACGGAGACGUUACAACGACUGGAGACCGAGCUCCACGACCUCAAGCAGUUGGUCCAGCGGUCGCUCUACAAAGAAAUGGUGCCCGUCGGGAGAAAGAACUUGCAGCAGAAGCUCCAAACAGACAGUGAAGAGGAGUUAGAUCCGCGCGCGGCAGCGAUCCGACUGACGCGAAACCGGCGCUCCUCCAGCCUCACCUCGCCGCAGAAGCCAAAGCCGGUCAAGACCAGAGACCCAGAGUCAAAACGGUUCUCCUUUCUCGCCAAGCCGCUCGAUCUCCUCAACCAGUUCGAUACCAUGCUACAGAACGAGUUUGAAAAGUCACUCAGCGUCAGGGACGAGAAUUUCACCGAGGCCUCGGCCGCGUCGGACGAUCUUGCCGAGCUAUCCUUUACCACCCCGCCCGACCAGCCAGACGUGAUGAAUACGGUAUCUAACUCCAUCUGGUCGUUUGUAUCCGAGGUGAAGACGAACUUGAUGCAGUACCAGGAGGAAAUACCCAGGAAGCCGAAGGAAGUAGAGCUAGGCGUGAUGCAUGCGCAUGAGGCCUCGUUAAAUACUUUGGCAGAGUUGACCGAGCUUCCGUCUCGCAGCGCCACGCCGCAAGAUGUCUCGCGCUUUCCCUCGACGUCCAUUACGCCAAAGGUGGGGGAAUCUGAAAGAUUUGAGAGACCCUUUGAAAGCUUUUCGGACAGGUCCGAGAGGGUUCCAGAAAAAAGGUUCGUUGAGGGAUCCACUGAGAAAGCAGGUGAGAGGAGUUUCUCUGAUAGGUCUCUGAGGGUAUCGUCACUCAAGUCCGACCCAAGAGCUGAAAAAGCUGGAAAGAUUGUCAACUCCGAAGAUGAGCUUGAUUUCUUUGAGCUGCAGUUAGGCUCGGGCUCAAAUGCCGCCUUGCCUCAAAUUUUUGUUCCCCGGUCCAGAACAAAGGCAUCAGAGGGAUAG